CUUUACUACACACAGAAAAGACUGACUCCAUGGACAAUCCUGAAAAUUCAUGUAUGAGUCUAAAACAAUUAGUCAAAAAACCAACCUCCAAAACCUGGGUAAACUUAUCCACAGAACAAUGUGCACAUUGUACUUUAACUCUUUCAAAAAAGGAAUUUCUUUGAGUGAAAAAAAGCAAGAGCUUAGUGUGUCCUAAGAGAUAUGGGAGAAGCACCAACCCCUCUCUACUCUCUCUGUCAUGGAACCCAGUUACAGGGCUUUGGUAAUUCAGCCCUGUAACUGGGAGUCAUAACAUAAACAAUCCCAGGAGCACCUGGCAGAAGAAGAUAGAAUAUGCCUGGGAACUUGGGGCCGAAAGUAUAAACAAUUAUAAUUGGUCUAGUGUGUGAAAAUGGUAGUAAUGUGAUAUUGGGGGUGGGACUUGAUGAUGAUAUUUACGUGUGGUGUUACGUAGCAUCAAAAGUUAUAAAAGUAGUUGUAUGUAAACAUUGGGUCAUUCCUGACUUUUCCAAAGUCAUGUGUUCUUCAAUAAAGAUUGGAUUUGAGAGCAGCCAUCUCUGAUCUGCGUUCAGACUGAUCCUUUGAAGUGAGCAGGACAAUUAAGUCAGGAAUCCAGUUCUCACCCUCCUGCAAAUUUGCAGUGAAGUGAUAAUGAGCAGGGAAGGAGAUCAAAGCCAUGACGGAGCAAAGGGGCCUCCGCUGGGAGCUCUGCCGUUGGCAGAAGAGACAUUGCAAGCCAUAGCUUCCUCUACGGGGUACCCCAAGCCGGACGGCGUGACCCAGAGGAUUCCCAGAGGGGGAAGAGGCGUUCCGGCGGCGGCAGAAACCAGUUGGGGAUCUGGAGGAAGCAUGCCGGAGACCGUGGCCCAGCGGUUAUCCAUCCUGGAAACUCAUUUAUCCAGGCUGUCGGAUACCGUGGGGAGAAUAGUGCCAAUAUUGGAAGAGAAUCUCCAAAAAGAGCACAUCCGAUAUGGCGCCGAGAGAGAGCCAAGCAAAGGAGGCGAUUGGAGCCAGAGGGGACAGCGAGCUUCAACGCAGAGUCCCGCGGCGGCAAGGGACGAGGGAGACGAGGAAUAUUGGCAAGAGCUGGAGUUCCGGGACAGAAUGGCGCGCGAAGUGGAGCGCCAGCAAGCUCUGGGAACUCUGAGGCCGCCAACCCCAACAGAGCUCCCAACCCCCCGAAUGGGCGUCGGAGUAGAAAGACCACUGGGGCCAGGGAUCGGGUCCAGUGGAUUAGCUGACGAAGGCGGAGAGGAGCAGGAGAUCCAGGAAGAGGAGGAGGAUGUGCCGUACGACGAGGAAAGGCAAGAUGCGGGGGCUACAGCGAGGCCAGUAUGCGGAUGGGGGGAAGGGCCGACAGCGGCGGCAGGAUUUCGGGAGCCGCGCAGAAUGACCACCGGAGUGGGGCGCGGCGUGAUCCAAGGAAACCCGAUGCAACCCUUCCCCAUGCCUCCCAGACAGCAUCAACGGGCCGCUGAAUGGAUGCCAAGAAGGGAAGAUCUCAAGCUAGAAUACGGAGGGGAAUCAGCCGAACUGAACUUUUUUCUAAUUAGCAUCAGGGGAUACAUGGAAGACAAUGCACACACAUUCCCCUCCGAAGCAAGCAGGGUUCGGGCCAUCGGCAACACACUAAAGAGAGGAGCGGCCAGCUGGUAUGUGCAACUACAUGCCAGACAGGACCCAUGCCUGAGGUCAGUGCCCCGCUUCCUCGCCGCACUGGAAAACCGGUUCAGAGACCGGCUAGAGCAAUUGAGAGCUCGAGACCAGCUUAGAGGAAUAAAGCAGAGGGACAAAACGGUGCCCGAGUACGCAGAAGAAUUCCUCCACCUCGCGGAAAGGGUACCAGAGUGGUCUGAAGUGACCAAAGUGGAAUUAUUUAAAGAGGGACUACGCCCCGAGAUUUUCAGCUGGGCAGCGCACAGAGAUGACCCCGAAACGCUCCAGGGAUGGAUUCAACUAGCGGGGCGUGUUGAAUCCACCCUGGCCCAAGUAAAGCGCUUCAGGAGCAGCGGCGGCCAGCAAAGACCGGUGGCGAGAGGUCGAGGAGAAACGAGGAAGCAGGAAAGACCCGGAGGGAGGCCGGGGAUUCCCUCCAGAGGAGACGACAACAAACCUAAACCGGGAUGCUUUGUAUGUGGGAAGACGGGCCAUCGAGCAGCAGAAUGCUGGGCACGGAAGGGGGAGCCGCCAAAACCCUCAAAGCCCAAGCCAGCAACCGGGAGGCGUGCGGAGGAGGAGGUGCAAGCCCCAGAAUCUCCAGAAAAAUUGGCUUGUGAUGAAAGAAGAACCGAAGAGGAGGACGAAGAAAAGGAGGGCACCAUGUCAUGGAACCCAGUUACAGGGCUUUGGUAAUUCAGCCCUGUAACUGGGAGUCAUAACAUAAACAAUCCCAGGAGCACCUGGCAGAAGAAGAUAGAAUAUGCCUGGGAACUUGGGGCCGAAAGUAUAAACAAUUAUAAUUGGUCUAGUGUGUGAAAAUGGUAGUAAUGUGAUAUUGGGGGUGGGACUUGAUGAUGAUAUUUACGUGUGGUGUUACGUAGCAUCAAAAGUUAUAAAAGUAGUUGUAUGUAAACAUUGGGUCAUUCCUGACUUUUCCAAAGUCAUGUGUUCUUCAAUAAAGAUUGGAUUUGAGAGCAGCCAUCUCUGAUCUGCGUUCAGACUGAUCCUUUGAAGUGAGCAGGACACUCUCUUCUGGCCCUUUUGGGUGUCUGGGUGGGAAAAUGAUAUCAGUGAAGGCUGAGUUCCUGAGGUGGUCUCAACAAAUCCACAAGCCCUAUCAUAGUUAAUAAUUUGGCCCUUAAACCUGCCCUUGACAAAUACAUGAGGUCAAGUUAUACAUAAAUACUUUUUCUUAGACAUUAACAUCUCACUCAAGAGUGAACAACCAAAUCCAGGCCCACCUUUUUCACUUUAGAGAUAAGGUGAGCUGUCAGGAAAAUAAAAGUGCUGCCAUGACACAGACUGGUGUCUUGGGAAUAUGUGGUGCUUUCUUCUGAGCCCAUCAGAGAAAUCAGUACUCAUCUCUCAUUAGUGAUCAGGAAUAUGAACAAUUUAAUGGCAUUCAAACAUUAAGAAUGUUGAUCUUUAAAUACUUUAAAGAUCCAAAGAGAAGAUUAAAGUUUAACUGUAAUAAGAGCAUUGUAUGCCUGUAAGUUACAUCUGAACAAUCAUGUUUGGUGAGAAAGUAUUCAAAUGGAUGCAGUCUACAUAUGUGUUGCAUUUCUUGUAUUUGUGGAUCCUCACAACACAGUAGACCUUCAGGGUCAAAAAGGGUACACAUCCCAAUUAUGGUUUAUACUUUAAUACUUUAUUUUAGUUAUCCCAGGCAGCAUUCAGAAAAAUAAGGGUUGCCUUUGGUAAGGAUGAAGUGCAGAGACACAAUAAUAUUCUGUCACUCUGCACUUCAUCCAAUAUCCAGCCCUAUGAUAUGCUGCUUGCAUUGCCCCAUGCCCGGCCCUGUUAUAGCCUGGUCACACCCAUUGUACUAUGGUAAUUGGUUUCAUUGAGUAUUGUUUUGAUUGAAUUUAACUCUGUUUUAUAUUCUUACAUUUUAUUGAAUUGUACUUUUAUUUUGAUUGUUAUAUUUAACUAUGUGUUAUUUUAAUAAUGUUUUUGCUUUGAUGUAUUGUUUUGUAUUUGUGUCUAUGGGCACUUUGUCCCUUAUGUAAGCCUCCCUGAGUCCCUUCCGGGAGAUGGUGGCAGGGUAUAAGAAUGAAGUUGUUGUUGUUGUUAUUAUUACUAUUAUUAUUUAUUGACACAACAACAUAGUAUGACACAGCAAACGAGAUAGAUAUGCUGGAUUUCAUAUCACAAAAUCACAAGUCGAACACUUCCCAAGUGUCUAGGACUGUGUGAUGUAUUUUCGGAUGAUGAUGAUGAUAUUAUUAUUAUUAUUACAAUUAUAGGCUGCAUCAGAAAUGCAACACAUUAAAAUAAGAUGGGUACAAAAGGUCCACACUUAAUAGCCUUGAUACUGAAGAAACUGAAUUCACCUGACAUUAACUGAAACAUUUAUGAAAUAUUGAAGCAUUCUUCUGUUUCUCUACACCUGUAGUAAAGUACAUUAAAAAGAUUACUAACUUAACCUGAGAAUGAGAAGUUUUGUUUCCCUAUCUCUUCAACUGGUUGCUUAUAACCCUAUAAUGCAGUGACCCGGUAAAGCAAAUGAACAGCAAAUCUGUUAUUAUAUAUGUCAACAGAGUGAAUCAAAGGCAGCAUUUAUGAACAAAGAGCCUCAAAGAUUAUGUAUAUAUGAUGU